AAAGUAGGGCUGUUCAUAUAAGGACCGCAACUUGCCCUCUGCUUUUCUCUUCCCCUUCUUCUCACCCAUAUAUCCAUCCAUGUCUCGCAGAAGAGAGAGAGAGUAGAAAGAGAAAAUUCCCUUAGAGAGUAAAAGAGAAAGAGACAUGAAGAAGUGCGAGUUGUGCAAGGUCCAGGCCCGGGCCUAUUGCGAGUCGGACCAGGCGAGCCUGUGCUGGGACUGCGACGCCAAGGUCCACGGAGCCAAUUUCCUUGUGGCUCGCCACUCCAGGACCCUCCUCUGCCACGCUUGCCAGUCCCAAACUCCCUGGAAGGCCUCCGGCGCCAAGCUCGGCCACACGGUCUCUGUCUGCGACCGCUGCGUCGGAAACAAAGAAGAAGUGCGAGAGAGCCAAGGAGGCAAUGAAGAUGACGAUGACGACGACGACGACGACGACGACGAUGACGGUGAUGAUCAUGAUGUAGAUGAUGUAGUCGAUGAUGACGACGAAGAUGAUGACGACGACGAUGGUGGUGUUGAGGAGGAGGAGGAGGGGGAUAAUCAGGUGGUGCCGUGGUCUACGAUGACGCCUCCGCCGGCAGCGAGCUCUUCGAGCAGCGAAGAAGAGCCGGUGAGAGUCUCUUCGUUGAAGCGAACGCGUGAGAAUGGCUCAGAUCUUCGAAGCCCUCAGGAGGACGAUCUCGGGCGUUCAUCGGCCGGUGCGGCGUUGACGGCUCAGGCAGGUGACUGGGAGGCGACUUCGACUGACUCAUCGAGGCCUUGGAAGAACCGGAUGACCGAACCGGACCGGCCGGUUCCACUUCAUGACGGUUCGGCAUCUUCUUCGGCUAUCAUUAUGUCGCGCAGGAGAUUUGGUCGGCGAGAUUUCUGUGAACCGAGUAAUAGAUCUGAAGCCCUUGAUUUGGGCCCCUCAGAUUCUCUUACCCGUACGAUUUGAGGUAGCGUGUGGUAGAUAUUUUCAUAAUUAACACCUCUUCUAACAAAAGUAUUAGCUGUUCACCGUUACUUAAUUUGUACUACUAAUUUAGAGGAUGGAGAUUGUGGUUCUUAUUUUCGUUGUUUAAGCCGUGUCAUAUCUUUGGUGGGUAUCCAAGUUUAGCCAAGAAUUUUUAUGUCUUGAAAAAGUGCUUGUAUUGGUAAUGAUAUCUUAACUUGAUGGAA